AUGGACGGCGGGGAAACGACGAAUUCGUUCGCGUUCAACUUUUUCUCUUCUUCUUCUUCUUCUUCCGGAGGAAAAGGAAAAGAGGAAAAGAGGACGGAAACGAGUGCAAACGAAACGACGACGACGACGAUACAAAAGCCAGAGGCGAAACAGGUAUAUUCGAAAGAUGUUUUCGAACCCGUCUUUGCGAAAGCCGUGGACAAGGAAACGGUUGAGAUAUUUUCCUCGGACGAAGAAGAGAAAGGAGCGAAAGUGUUGAUGUUAUCGAUUGAGAAAAAGAUACCGCCGUUGGGGAAAGAGGAAGUGCGGAUGCGCGUGCCGACGUUGGAUGCGGUUUGUAAGAACAACAACGAAAAGCCGGCGAAAGGAGCAAAGGCGACCCCGUCGUCUGCCGCGUCUGCGUAUUCGUUGGCGUCGCACGAUUUGGUGAAAGGUAAAUACGAAGGCGGGUUGAAACUGUGGGAGUGCGCGAUUGAUUUGACGACAUAUGUGGUGAGAGAACGAGUGGUGGAGGCGAUGGUGACGUUGUCGACGUCGAAAUCGUUUCGAGUAUUGGAACUGGGAUGCGGCCACGGCGUGCCCGGCAUCGCGAGUUUGAUGGCGCACGAAAAGAUGGAGAAAGAUGGUAAGGAUACUACUCUUCUGUGCACGUUAGCGGAUUAUAACGAAGAAGUUUUGACAGAAGUGACGAUACCGAACGCGAGAAUGAACGGGGUGUGCGAACAGUGCACGUUUUUAGCCGGCGAUUGGGACGAUUUAGUCGCGGCGCCCUCAAAAAAGCAAUCGGAGGCGUUCUUGUCGAAGGACGAGUUCGAUUUGAUUUUAACCUCCGAUACGAUUUAUAACGUAGACGAUGCGAAAAAGCUGGCGAAAGUUAUUCAUCACUGCUUGAAAAAGAAUGCAAACGAAAACGCCAUCGCGCUCGUCGCCGCGAAGAGAUACUAUUUCGGUGUCGGCGGUUCGACCGCGACCUUUAUGCAGUUGUGCGACGAAACGUCUUUAUCUUGCGACGUGGUAAAAGAGAUUAUGGACGGCGCCAGUAACGUUCGCGAAAUUAUUCGCGUGAGAAUAAAGACGUAG